AUGAACUGUUCAGUAUCCGAUAGUAAAUCUCUUCUAAUUAGUAUUAACGUUAAUGAUGGGUUUUUGCAGGAUGACUUCUGCUUUGAAGUUGCAAUGAGGCUGUUACCCACAACUGUCCAAAAUGAAAUAUUGAAAAAGAAGAGAUUCAUGCGACCCACAGCAUUGGGCAGCCAACUUCUACUGUUAUAUGGCUGUUCAAGAAUAUUAGGAUGUUCAUGGCGGGAGCUGAAGUUCUCAAAAUCUAAGUUUGGGAAACCUUUCCUAGUUCAUCAUGACAACGUAGCUUUCAGCAUGUCUAAUGGUGGAGGUAAUGUAAUCAUUUAUAUAACCAAGGGAGAAGAGGUACAAGGAGGGGUAGGUAUAGAUAUUGCUUCCACAACUGACUGUAUUAAUUGGGAAUUUGAGUAUUUAAACGAUUUAAAAACCGUGUUCUCUCAGAGCGAAGUAGAAUGCCUACGAAGUACAUCAUUUGAUGUGCGGGAUGAACUAUUUACAUAUUACUGGUCACUAAAGGAGGCAUACAUCAAGUAUAUAGGUGAGGGUCUUAACGCCGAUCUUGCAUUAGUCAACCUGGGAUCAUUAAAACCACUAAUGAAAUCCGAGCAUAGAACGUUUACCAAAUUCAUAAAUGGAAAGUCUGUUCAAUUCCGGUCACACUGGUACGACGAUUGUCAUAUUAUAUCAAUAUGCUAUAAGCUGAAGGAACCCGCGCUUGACGUAAAGUACGUAUCAUUAGAAUCUAUCUCGUUGAGUCUCAUCAUAGAUAAACUUUCUAAUUUUGGUUAA